AUGGAUGCAAAUGGCGACGGCGGUGCCAAACGCAAGCGAAGUGGCGGCCAUGCGAUCGAGCGACCUGCAAAGCAUCUAAAGCCCGAAGCCUCGGCGUUGACCCCUGGUGAAGCGACUCCGCAGAAUGGAACUAUCUAUGACAUCGAGGAAAGCGAUGAUGCUGGCCGUCUACUUGCCCUGGGGACUGCACAGGCAGAUUCGCCCGAGUGGCAGGAAACUAUUGAGUCUGUUGUGAAGAGUGUGGUAUCGAUCCAUUUCUGUCAGACCUGUUCCUUCGAUACCGACCUCUCUAUGAGUAGCCAGGCUACCGGUUUCGUGGUCGACGCUGAGCGUGGAUAUAUCUUGACCAAUCGGCAUGUUGUUUGCGCCGGUCCUUUCUGGGGAUAUGUGAUCUUUGAUAACCACGAAGAAUGUGAUGUGCGUCCUGUGUAUCGAGACCCCGUUCAUGACUUCGGCAUCCUCAAAUUCGACCCCAAGGCGAUUCGCUAUAUGAAGCUCACCGAGCUCAAACUCCAGCCAGAUGGAGCUCGCGUGGGCACGGAGAUUCGCGUGGUUGGUAACGAUGCCGGUGAAAAGCUGAGCAUUCUGUCGGGCGUCAUCAGUCGAUUAGACCGUAACGCUCCGGAGUAUGGCGAGGGCUAUAGUGAUUUCAAUACCAACUACAUCCAAGCCGCUGCGGCCGCCAGUGGAGGCAGUUCUGGGAGUCCCGUCGUCAACAUCGAUGGGCAUGCUGUAGCUCUGCAAGCUGGCGGUCGGGCUGACGGUGCUGCUACUGAUUACUUUUUGCCUCUGGAUCGUCCUCGUCGUGCGUUAGAAUGUAUUCGCCAGGGCUUGCCCAUCACAAGAGGCACGAUCCAAACACAGUGGAUGCUUAAGCCGUUCGAUGAGUGCCGUCGAUUGGGUCUUAGCCCGGAAUGGGAGGCCGCUGUACGCAAGGCCGCUCCCAUCGAAACGAACAUGCUUGCUGCUGAGAUCAUCCUUCCGGAAGGCCCAGCUGACGGGAAAUUACUGGAAGGUGAUGUGUUGCUGCAAGUCAAUGGCGAGCUUCUAACUCAGUUUGUUCGGCUCGAUGACAUCCUAGACUCGAGCGUCGGUAAGACUGUGCGUCUUCUUGUCCAGAGAGGAGGGGAAGACCUUGAGGUUGAAUGCGAGGUUGGAGACCUUCAUGCGAUUACGCCAGAUCGCUUUGUGACUGUUGCUGGUGGUACCUUUCACGACCUAUCAUAUCAGCAGUCUCGGCUCUACGCUAUUCCUACCCGUGGAGUGUUUGUGUGUGAAGCUGCUGGCUCUUUCAAGCUGGAGAACACGAUUUCGGGAUGGAUCAUCGACUCCGUCGACAAGCGAGCGACUCGUACUCUGGACGAGUUUGUGGAAGUGAUGAAGACCAUUCCCGAUCGCUCUAGGGUAGUCAUUUCCUACCGCCAUAUCAGAGAUCUCCACACCAAGGGCACCAGUAUCGUCUAUAUCGAUCGUCACUGGCACCCAAAGAUGAGUCUGGCCGUGCGAAAUGACGAGACUGGCCUCUGGGACUUCUCCGAUCUGGGAGCGCCCAUUCCAGCCCAAGAGCAGGUUCCACGUGCCGCAAACUUCAUUCAGCUGGACGGGGUGAGCCAGCCCGCCGCAGCUGAGAUUGUACGCAGCUUCGUGAGAGUGUCAUGCACCAUGCCUCUCAAGCUGGAUGGAUAUCCCCAGGCCAAAAAGACCGGCUUCGGUCUUGUCAUCGACGCUGAAAAGGGUCUUGUCAUUGUAUCGAGAGCCAUCGUCCCUUUCGACCUAUGCGACAUCAACAUCACUGUCGCGGAUUCGAUCAUCAUCACCGCCAAAGUCAUCUUUCUCCACCCUCUCCAAAACUACACCAUUCUUCAGUACGACCCGAGUCUAGUACAAGCCCCUGUACAGAGCGCACGCCUUAGCUCGGAGUACAUCAAGCAAGGACAGGACACUCUCUUCGUCGGUUUCAACCAGAACUAUCGCAUUGUUGUCGCUAAGACUGCGGUCACGGACAUUACCACUGUGUCUAUUCCAGCCAAUGCGUCCGCCCCACGAUACCGCGCAAUCAAUCUCGAUGCCAUCACUGUCGAUACAGGCCUCAGUGGUCAGUGUACCAAUGGUGUGUUAAUUGGAGAAGACGGGGUGGUGCAGGCUCUGUGGCUGAAUUAUCUUGGCGAACGCACCCCCAGCUCUCACAAAGACGUUGAGUAUCAUCUAGGAUUUGCUACCCCAUCCCUGCUCCCGAUCACAUCCAAGAUUGGACAGGGUAUCAUUCCCGAUUUGCGUAUUCUUAAUAUGGAAAGCUAUGUGGUUCAGAUGGCCCAGGCUCGUAUCAUGGGUGUCUCCGAUGAAUGGAUUCAAAAGGUUAUCCAAGCUAAUCCCUCCCGCCAUCAACUGUUCAUGAUCCGCAAGGUCGAUUGCCCGCCAGCAACAGUUACCUCCGAAGGCGAUAGCUUCCAGGAGGCCGACAUCAUUCUCACGCUGGAUGGUCAGUUAAUCACUCGCGUUUCUGAGCUGGACGUGAUGUACGAGAAGGAGUUUCUUGACGCACUCGUCGUCCGUAACGGCCGGGAAAUGAAGAUUCGAGUCCCUACGGUUCCCACCAAGGACCUAGAGACUGAUCGCGCCGUUGUCUUCUGUGGAGCGGUGGUACAGAGGCCUCAUCACGCUGUGCGCCAGCAAAUCUCUAAGCUCCACAGUGAGGUCUAUGUCAGUGCCAGGAGUCGUGGGUCCCCUGCCUAUCAUUACGGGCUCGCCCCCACCAACUUCAUCACGGCCGUCAAUGGUGUGCCAACUCCAAACAUGGAUAUCUUCGUCAAGGAAGUCCUCAAAAUCCCGGAUAACACCUACUUCCGUCUUCGCGCCGUUACUUUUGACAACGUCCCAUGGGUAGUAACCAUGAAGAAGAACGACCACUAUUUCCCGAUGUCUGAGUACAUCAAAGACCCUUCCGUUGCUGCCGGCUGGCGGACUGUCUCUCACGAUACGUCCGACAAGAAUCGGAAGCCCGGAGUAUCCCCGGACACGGCAAACCUCAAUCCGGACGCUAUGGAUGAAGGUCAGGAUGGUGGCGGCAGUGAUGUUGAACCAGACCCUGAGUAG